UAUCUCAACGAUGGAUCGAUGUGAGCUUGAUGAGGUUAAUCCUGGAAUCCUUAUUGGUAACGCUCUUUACUGGUCCUCUAAGAGUGUGAUUCCGAACAGAAAUGUUUUGCAUUUGGAUUAUUUGGCAGACGACGUAGUUGAGUUUGAUUUGGAUAGGCAGAGCCUAGCUGUGAUCAAGGGGCCUCCAUGUCUUAAUGGCUCCCUAAGACAUCAGAUAAUCAGGGCAGAGGAUGAUGCUCUCGGUCUCGCUAUAUUUUCCCACGGUAGAUUCGAGGUGUGGCAGAGGAGGGUCAGCUGUCAUGGUGGUACUACAUGGUUGCUGCAGAACACCUUUGAAGUGCAUACCCUUCUUGGGCUCCCUCCUCAGAUUGAGGGAUCGAUGAGAACGAUGGAAAUACUGGGGUAUGAUGAGGAUAACCGUGCAAUCAUUGUAUUUGUAGAUGGCAAUGUCUACAUGGUUCAACCUAUGUCCAUGCAGUUCAGAAAACUUUAUGAAAGCGCUUAUCCUAUCAAGUGUCAUCCUUUUGCAUGUUUCUAUGCACCAGACGUGGCUAUUCCUGGUGGAUGCAAUGGAGUUGAAAUAUUGCAAGAUGCAUAGAGUGACUGUCGGUUUCAUGUUCCGAGGUGCUGGAAUUGUCAGGUGAAGUACCGGCUGCUGCAGUUCCUAUGUGCUAUCCGGAGGAACUUGCUGAACAUAUGCCUUGGUCUAUCUAAGUUUCUAAUGUAACAAGAUGCUAUAUUAAUAACUAAUAAAGGGGAGUUCAGCUUCCCCAGCUUAUAAUUU